UGAACCGACUGAACCGAGCGCGUGUCUGCUACAGGAAUAUAGCGCCGCGAAACUUACAAACGUAUCUUUACUGCAUCAUUUAGGAGAACAUGACUGAUCUCUUACGAGGAACGUUUUUUAAACCUAAGUGAACCUAUUGCUUUACUUUUUUACCUGUUAUUGAAGUAAGGAUGACCAGGAGCUCGUAUGGACACGAUGCACGAUGGAGUUUUUUUCUUCAGUCAGAACAGGAUCAGUUGCACAGGACAGCCUUACGUGAAGAUGGGACCGAGUUAGCCAUGCAUCACAGUAAUUCAUCAGGCACUGUGCCACUCAACCCCUUUGCCAAUCACAGUCAGUGGAAUGUUCCCGAUAAUGUCACUUCGGAGAGACCAGCCCUAAGCGGCCCCAUAGCUGCAAUGCUGUCGAUGACCCUGGGCAUCCUGUCUAACAUCGUAGCUUUACUCAUCCUGGCUAACGCAUAUGCCCGCCUACGUCGACGAUCCAAAGCUUUUCUCCUGUUUGCCAGCUCUCUGGUGGCCACAGACUUUGUGGGACAUGUCAUACCUGGUUCAAUAGUUAUGAGGCUUUACCUUUCUGGCGGUGUACCCUCUGGAGACUACAACAGGCAGGACCCAUUAUGCCAGUUCCUAGGGGGCAGCAUGGUGUUUUUUGGCCUGUGCCCACUCUUUCUUGGUUGUGCUAUGGCAGCUGAGAGGUGUUUGGGGGUCACAAAGCCAUUGCUCCAUGCUUCGCUGGUUACGACUGCAAGGACUAAACUCUCUCUUUCUGUUAUUUGGUUAGCAGCAUUAUGUGUGGCCCUUCUACCCUGCUUUCAGCUGGGCUCAUACACCUACCAGUACCCUGGAACCUGGUGUUUCAUUAAAGUUCUGGAGGAUGCUGAGGUGGCAGAUGUGGCUUUUGUUAUGUUGUUCUCAGGACUUGGGUUGACAUCACUGGCUGUUGCUUUGGUCUGCAACACCAUAAGUGGACUUACAUUGGUGUUAGCCAGGAUACGCAAGAAACCCUGUAACCGUCAAUCAGCUAGAUCCCAUGAUAUUGAGAUGGUGGUGCAACUUGUGGGCAUAAUGGUCACAUCUUGUAUCUGCUGGAGCCCUCUUUUGAUGGCUGGCCUAAUUACAGUGACACAGUCGUAUGAGGGCUCUAUAGGAGAUGACAUUGCCACCUACAAGACCCUGAUGAUAAUGGGGGUGCGAAUAGCUUCAUGGAACCAGAUCCUGGACCCAUGGGUCUACAUCCUUCUCCGUCGAGCUGUCCUCCAAAAGAUUUACCUCAUUACCAAACCUCAAACCAACUUGAAAGAAAGCACAAUUCGCUGCUGGGAGAUCCAUUCCUUUCCCAGCUCUGAGAAAAAUACUGUCAGUAGAGUCUGAGAGAAUAUCAUAAGAAACAUUACUCAAGCUGAGCUUCUAUUAAAUGAAACUGUUAUGUUUAAUAGGACUGUCAUUGUAGCCAGAGUCAAGGGGGGCCACUAAGGUCCUCUAAGGUAGGCCUAUUGUGGACUGGUAAAAAUGCACCUAAUGGCUUGACAGAGUAUUUAUUGAAGCACAUUUGCACAGAGAUAAAUAAAGCAUGAGAUGAACAUUCCUAAUUCUCCAUGUAGCAUUAUUGAGCAUUUAUAAUAAGAAUUUGGCUGGAUAGGUUCAUGCUAGUGUAACUGAUAGCAGUCAUUAUUUUCUUUUGGACCUUCAUUAGGGGAUACACUUUGGAGUAAGUAAUUGAAGCAUUGAUUGAUCCAGUGUUACUUUAAGACAAUUUACAAUGCGUAACACCAGAUUUGUCUAUUGAAAAGUGAGAGUGGCAAAGCAUGGAGGGCAGAGCUCAUGGAAAACAUAUUAAAGUAUUAUUUGUUUUACUGGAAGUGAAAGUUCACUGAAAGUUAAUAGAUCCUGAGAUUUAAAUUUGUACAUGAGGAAUAUCAACAAUAUAUUAACUGUGAGACAAAAGCUUGUAAUUUUAUGUGUAACGUUUUCCUUUGCACAGUUUAUCUUGCAAAUAUGUUACUGUGCAUAAAUGCUGAAUUUGAACAAUUAUUAUGUUCAUAUUAUUGUAUAAUUUAAUCCUUCUGUUAUCCCUCCAAUUGUCUGGAGGCUUUUUAUGAUGUUAUUUUACAUUAAAAACAUAAUAAAAC